CCGUCACUUUCUACAUGGAGAUCGAAAUACCAUCUUUCCCAGUCGUUUUCUUCUCAUUCAUUUUCGUGUUUAUGGCGAUGAAAAUACUCAGAAAAACUAGUCAAACCAGCUGCUCAGCUUCGAAACUACCACCAGGACCAUGGAAACUUCCCCUUGUGGGAAAUAUACACCAGCUCAUUGGCCCUUUAAUCCAUCGCACACUCAGAGAUUUAGCCAUGAAACAUGGACCUUUGAUGUACUUAAGAGUUGGGGAAGUUCCAACCAUAAUAAUCUCAUCACCAGAAUAUGCCAAAGAGGUGAUGAGAGUCCAUGAUCUCGCUUUUGCAUCAAGACCCUCAGUUCUCUUCUCACAAGUCAUGUUAUAUGACGGUACAGACCUUGCUUUUGCUCCAUAUGGUGAGUAUUGGAAGCAGGUAAGGAAGAUUUUCAUGCAGGAGCUUUUAAAUGUGGCAAGAGUUCAGUCUUUCAGAGCCAUCAGAGAAGAAGAGAUGUUCAACUUCAUAGACUUGAUUUCAUCUAAUGUUGGCGAUGUUAUCAAUCUCAGUGAGAUGGUCAACAUGUUGACGUAUAACAUCAUUUCACGUGCAGCCUGUGGUAGGACAAGGAUGCACAACAAAGAGUUCUUGCCAGUAAUGGUGGAAGCUAUGAAGGUAUCAUUAGGCUUUGAAAUUUCAGAUUUGUUUCCUUCUGUUAAAUUAUUUUCCCAGAUGAGUCGAUCUAGGCCUAAACUCCAGAAGCUUAGAGAAAGGGCAGAAAGGAUAUUUGAUGAAAUCAUUGCUGAACACAAGGAGCAAAAGCCAGUAGGGAAAAGUGGUGAUGGUAUUACAGAUGAAGACUUGGUUGAUGUUCUUCUAAAGUUUCAUAAUAAUGAUGACCUUGGAUUUUCCUUGACAAGUGACAAUCUUUAUGCAUUAAUCUUUGAAAUAUUUACUGGUGGGACUGAGACAUCAGCAACAUCUGUAGAAUGGGCUAUGUCAGAAUUGAUGAAGAAUCCAACAGCAAUGAAAAAGGCACAAGAUGAGGUUAGAGAAGUCUUUAACAGAAAAGGAUUGGCUGAUGAGACUGGACUUGAUGAGAUGAAGUACUUAAAAUCAGCUAUCAAAGAAUCCAUGAGACUACAUCCAAUUCUUCCAUUGUUACUGCCAAGAGAAAGUCGAGAGACGUGUGAGAUUAAUGGUUAUGUGAUACCUGCAAAAACUCAGACCAUAGUUAAUGCAUGGGUGAUUGGAAGAGAUCCUAGAUAUUGGAGUGAACCUGAGAGUUUUAAACCAGAGAGGUUCUUAGAUAGUUCUAUUGGCUUUAAAAGUAACAACUGUGAAUUUAUCCCAUUUGGUGGUGGAAGGAGAAUAUGCGUUGGCAUGUCUUUCGCUGUUGUCAGUGUUGAGCUUUCCCUUGCAUUUUUGCUUUACCACUUUGACUGGAUACUUCCCAAUGGAGUGAAACAUGAAGAUUUGGACAUGACUGAGUCGUUUGGUACGACCCUUAAAAGAAAAAAUGCUCUACAAUUGAUUCCUAUUGCUUACGAACUGUCACCAAUUGGAAAAUCACAUGGAAAUUAAGAUGAACUAAGGUGUUUACUUUUUCAAUAAAUUGCUUAGUUGA